AUGAAGUUCAGCCUUGCCCUCACGGUGCUUGCAUCGGCCUUUGCCAAGGCGCACUACACUUUCCCUAGCGUGGCCAACACUGCCGACUGGCAAGUCGUCCGCACCACCACCAACUACCAGAGCAACGGCCCUGUGACCGAUGUCAGCUCCGACCAGAUCCGCUGCUACGAGCGGAACCCGGGCACCGGCGCCCCCAGCACCUACAACGUGACCGCUGGCAGCCAGCUCGCCUACCACGCCAAGUCGUCCAUCUCCCACCCGGGUCCCAUGGCCUUCUACAUUGCCCAGGUUCCGUCGGGCAAGACCGCGGCCAACUGGGACGCCUCGGGCGCGGUGUGGUCCAAGAUCUACCAGGAUGGCCCCAGCUUUAACGGUGGCCUGACGUGGCCUACCAUGAACGCCCAAUCGGUGUCCGUGACCAUCCCUCGCUGUCUGCAGAACGGCGAGUACCUGUUGCGGGCGGAGCACAUUGCUCUGCACAGCGCGGGCAGCGUCGGUGGCGCGCAGUUUUACCUCUCAUGUGCUCAGCUUUCGGUCACUGGUGGCAGCGGCUCGUGGAGCCCCAAGAACAAGGUCUCGUUCCCUGGUGCUUACAAGGCGACUGACCCUGGUAUCCUGAUCAACAUCUACUACCCCGUGCCCACCAGCUACACUCCUGCUGGGCCUGCGGUUGACACUUGCUAA